AGGUUAUAUUAUACCUAUUGCAUAAACAAGUAAAGAAAAGUUGCAGCACUUUGUAAAAGCUGAAAUUAUGCUAUCCAUACCCAUUUGAAAAUGUUUGUGUAAUACACGCAUGCAUUUUUGUGAGCAGCUUUUUGGACAGCUGUAGUGCUCUUCUUGUCUUAUAUAUUUAUGCUCUCUUAGAGCCUCCAAUUCAAUUCAAUUCAAUUGGGUGUCAGAACUGAAAAUGUUGAAGCAACAAAUUAUGAUUGUUGUUGUUUUUGGUAUUGUGUUAUUCAUAUCUUUAGUGGAAGCCAAUGCAACAGUGCACAAAGAAAAGCCUGUCCAUACAAGGGCAUUGAAUAUACAGGAUGAGUACACCAAAUGGAUAAGAUGGAUGGGUACUCUGAACCAUUCACUGUAUAAACCAGCAAAGAACAAGGUUUUUCCUUCCUCAUACCUUGUGGUGGACACCACAGAUGGAGUAGGGGACUUCACUUCUGUUCAGGAAGCCAUAGAUUCCUUGCCUCUCUUCAAUGUUGUGCGAGUUGUUAUAAAAAUCAAUGCAGGAGUAUAUAAGGAGAAGGUGAACAUACCUAUUACCAAAGCAUUUGUAACUCUUGAAGGGGCAGGUGCAGACUCCACAAUCAUACAAUGGGGAGACAUGGCAGGGACUUUAGGGCCAGAUGGCAAGCCAUUGGGCACAUAUAACAGUGCCACUGUUGCAGUUAAUUCUCCUUAUUUCAUUGCCAAAAAUAUUACUUUUAAGAAUACAGCCCCUAUUCCUCCACCAGGAGCAGUUGGCAGGCAAGCUGUUGCCCUCAGAAUAACAGGAGACACAGCAGCUUUUUUUGGCUGCAGCUUCCUUGGAGCUCAGGACACCCUUUAUGAUCACAUAGGACGCCACUAUUUCAAAGACUGUUAUAUUGAAGGCUCUGUGGACUUUAUCUUUGGGAACGGCCUUUCAAUGUAUGAGGGGUGUGUGGUACAUGGGAUUUCCGAUACAUAUGGGGCAGUUACAGCACAGAAAAGGGAGAGCUCAGGAGACGACACAGGAUUUGCUUUUGUGAGAUGUAAAGUGACAGGGUCGGGAGCUCUGUACCUAGGGAGGGCCUGGGGAACGUUUUCACGUGUGGUAUUUGCUUACACAUACAUGGACAAGAUCAUCAUGCCAGUCGGAUGGCACAACAUGGGCGAUCCUCACAAGGAGUCGACUGUUUUUUAUGGGCAAUAUAAAUGCAGUGGGGCAGGAGCAAGCUUUUCGGGUAGAGUAUCAUGGUCUCGUGAACUCACAGACGAAGAAGUAAAACCAUUUCUAGCCCUCAGUUUUAUUGAUGGGCAUGACUGGAUUAGUCUCUAGUAGUGAUUUCUCUGUACUAUAGUUUUAUUUUUUAUAAACAAGUCAUUGUCUGCUGUGUAUAUCAUCUGAGGAAUGAGAAGAUAUGAGAGUUUUUUUAAAAUCACUUCUUCUUAUUUAAAGAGGGAGAUAAAUCCAUAGAGAUAGUCCAUACUUAUGUAAUCUGAUUACUUCCAUUAAAAUAUAAACGCUUUUGUAACAUAUCUUAAGUAAUCUAAUUUAUUUGUCGG